AUGUCUCAGAGUACGUCUGGCGCGACAUCAUCGGGCCCUCGUCGGAUUGCCCCAGGCCCUAUCUCCGAAUCAGCUUCAGCUCCUGCUGCUGCCCAACGCCGAGGCCGUCUACCAUCUCGACGGAUCGGCGUGAGUGUCGCUUGUGAAGCUUGCCGGAAAAGGAAAACACGAUGUAGUGGAAGUCGGCCGAAAUGUCUGUCGUGCGUGCAGAAAGGGAUAGACUGCCACUACACAUCAGCCAACGCGACCGAAACGAACUCAGCAGUACUGAAACGGAAGUUCCGAGAAGUCAAAGAAAAGACGAGCGAUUAUGAAGAAUUCUACGACUCCCUUCGGGGUUUGCCAGACACUGACUCUCAAGCAAUCUUUCAGAUGAUCCGAGGAGGUGCGGAUAUCAAAACAGUAAUGCGGCAGAUUCGGGAAGGGAACCUCCUUCUUCAGCUGUCUUUGGCUCCCGAAACACAACGUCGAUACGAGUUCCCAUUCGUCACUACAAUGCCAGCGGUCCUCUUGACUGGGGACAACCUAUAUCUCAAGUCCUUAAUCUUCGAGGCAAACUUUUACGACGAAAACCAGCAGCAGCUGAAUAUACCCCUGAAUUCAAAUAGCAGAACGGGAUCGCCACAGUACAUCUACACACAACCUUACCACAGUGCCGAGAUUGUAAACACACGACUCUCUACUGUCGACAUAUCACGCUGGACGGCUGUUAGCACUGAUAAUGAGCUCAUGAGGACCUUGCUACACGCUUAUUUUCUUCAUGAGUAUUCUUCAUACACGUCAUUUCAGAAAGAUAUUUUCAUCCAGGCCCUUAUAGACGGUGAUAAGCGAUUCUGCUCCUCGCUUCUCGUAAACGCCGUCUUGGCCGAAGCAUCGCAUUGCUACAAUGGGGUACAACAUCGCGAACAAUUCUGGAAUCCUGAGAAUAUCGGUUAUCGCUUCCUUGCAGAAUUUAGACGACUCUGGGAGCUACAGUCAGAAAGGACAGAUCUUCCAACACUACAAGCCGCCAUAAUUGUUAAUGGCAUAUACGUAAACAAUGGCAUAGACAAGCUGGGGCUGACAUACCUAGACAGAGCAAUCGCCAUAGCAGAAGACCUGCAGAUAUUUGGUGAUAAUAGCCACAUUGAGGACAAUACUCUAAGACACGCAAGAAACUUCACUGCUUGGUGUCUUUAUAAGUAUCAGACCAUAAUGGGCUAUUACUACUUCAAAGUUCCUAUGAUUACAAACCCGCCUGCAUUCGCCCUUCCCGAUCCAUAUUUGGAACCAUCGUGGUAUGGCGACUUCAUUCUAAAAUAUCCUGCAAAUAACACCUUCACCUCGCUCUAUUUUCCACAUUUCUUCAAUGCAGACGCAAAGUUCAAAAUUAUUCUCAACGCCAUUGCGACUUCAUUAUUCAAGCCAGAGAACGUUGGGAGAACUCUACCAGCCAAUGUGAAGUCGCAUUUUCGAGCCCAACUGGAAUCGUGGCUAGCUGGUCUCUCGGUACCAUUACAUCCCAGUAAUAUUGUCUUUCCACCACAAUUAAGAUUGCAUAUGGAAUACCACGCCACCAUCUUGACACUAUUGCAGACGCCUGUCAAUAAUGACAUACCUUCCGCAUACAUGCCUAAUUCUAACGCAAAUGAGAAUGAAUUAUUACAAGAAGCCAUUUCGGCAGCUAUGAUUCGGCUAGAAACCAUAGUCCGCAUCUACUAUCUACGACAUAGUUACGAGUCUUGCAACACUUAUCUUACGUUUUUCUUCUCUAACGUAGGCUUUGCCGCGCUGGAAAGACUAAGGUCUUCUGAAAUUGAUCAUGAGCGUUUCAAGCAUUUGAUGUCAACAUUAAUUCUUUGCAUCAAGGGUCUGUAUGACCAAGGACAACAUGUGCACGUAGCCUCUGCCGUAUAUCGGCUGCUACGUAAUCGUUUAUUGCCUCAGGAUAUGAGGUUCUUGCAAGGAUAUAUCCAUUGGAAUAUUACGGAAGAUGAUGAUCCUCUGAUUAUAUCACAUGUCCAAUCUGAAUGGCCAAUACCUAUUGCUGACCGAGAGAGAGACCCAGAGGCGGCAAAAUUGGAGAAUCUUGCACGACGACUCAACGAAAUGUCGGUAGACUCUUCAAGAGAGACAAGUGAAGAAAAUGAAUCUGAAACGAGAUACGAGGUUAUGAAAUGA